AUGGCGGAUCGCGACCGCAGCGGCAUCUACGGGCAGCAUCAGGGGGGCGGCCGCCCGAUGGGUGAGCAGGUGAAGGGCAUGAUCCACGACAAGGGGCCCACGGCGUCGCAGGCGCUGACGGUGGCGACGCUGUUCCCGCUGGGCGGGCUGCUCCUGGUGCUGUCGGGGCUGGCGCUGGCGGCCUCCGUGGUGGGGCUGGCGCUGGCCACUCCCGUGUUCCUGCUCUUCAGCCCCGUGCUCGUCCCGGCCGCGCUGCUCAUCGGGACGGCCGUGACCGGGUUCCUCACGUCGGGCGCGCUCGGGCUCGGCGGCCUGUCCUCGCUCACGUGCCUCGCCAACACGGCGCGGCAGGCGUUCCAGCGCACCCCGGACUACGUGGAGGAAGCGCGCCGCAGGAUGGCGGAGGCCGCGGCGCACGCGGGACAGAAGACCGCGCAGGCAGGGCACGCCAUCCAGAGCAGGGCGCAGGAGGUCGCCUCGGGCGGCGGCGGCGGCGCCGGGGGAGGCACCGGUGCUGGCACUGGCGGCGGCGGCAGGGCUUCCUCGUAA